CUCGGUCACCGGCGGAAUGUGCCGCGUCCGUGCCCAGUGAGGGCUUUCAGUUAUCCGGGUUGGUCGUCACCACCACCCGGCGGAGCGGGCCUAAGUAUAUUUUACAGAAAGGAAGUUCGAACGAGGCACAGAGAGAUUAGGUGUGAAAAGUACCAGGAAGCUUUUGAUUUUAAAUCGAAGCCAAAAUCUGAACUGGCAGCAUAAUUCUCAACAGCCUCUGCCUGGAAGUGGGACCUACUAAUUUCUGUGACUAAGGGCUAAUGACUCUUCUUGCUUUUCACCUAAGUUGAAUUAAGCACCCUGUGCACUUUAAUUUCCUGUCCGUGCCAACCCUGAAGGCAGGGUUUUGAAAUCUCAGAUACAAGGACAUCUAGCCAAAGUCUCAUUCUUGCCUUAACAAUGUUCCAGAGGCUGAAUAAAAUGUUUGUGGGUGAAGUCAAUAUUGCUUCUGACCGAGAACUAGAAUUUAGUGAAAAAGAAGAUGAUGAAUGGAUUCUGGUUGAUUUCAUAGACACUUGCACUGGUUUCUCAGCAGAGGAAGAAGAAGAGGAAGAAGAUGACAACGACAUCAAUGAAGAGUCACCUACAGAGCAUCCUUCAGUCUUUUCCUGUUUACCUGCAACUUUGGAGUGCUUGGCUGAUACGAGUGAUUCCUGCUUCCUCCAGUUUGAAUCCUGUCCAAUGGAGGAGAGCUGGUUUAUCACCCCUCCCCCAUGUUUCACUGCAGGUGGAUUAACCACUAUCAAGGUGGAAACGAGUCCUAUGGAAAACCUUCUCAUCGAACAUCCCAGCAUGUCUGUCUAUGCUGUGCACAACUCCUGCCCUGGCCUCAGUGAGGCUAGCUGUGGGACCGAUGAAUUCCACAACCCAAGCAGUCCCAGAAUAGAAGCCCAAAGUGAGAUGGGGCAACACAUUCACUGCUAUGUUGCAGCUCUUGCUGCUCACACAACUUUUCUGGAACAGCCCAAGAGCCUUCGUCCUUCCCAGUGGAUGAAAGAGCAUGGUGAAAGACAUACUCUGAGCAGAAGUAGCCUUCGUCGCCAAAAUCUUACCAGGGAUUGCCACUCUCGGCAAGUCAAGCACAGCAGCUGGGUGGUCCAGCAGCCCUGCCCGCGUCAGUACAAUUACUAACAACGUCCAAGCUUUGCUGGUUGGUUUUUCUUGGUUUGCGCAUAUGUGUGUGGAUGUACAAUGAAAAUGCUGUCUCUUUACAGCCAAUUAAUGACCAAUCACAUAGUUUAUCAGUGUGUUUAGUCACUUUCUUAAAAACCAGAUUUCUAUGCUGUGUACCACCUAAUGCCUUGCUCCUAACAUUUACUUUUUUGUAAGUAUUUUCAGAACAUUUUUGGAAACAUAUCAUAUAAUUACAGUGUUGGUGUUUGGGGAUGUCUUUAUUAAAGUGUAGGUGAGUUAGCAUUUUAAAGACAUUUUUUCCCCAAGUACAGGAACAGGCAUCCUUCAAUUUCAUUUCAUUUUGUAUUACUUAGUCAAUCUUUUGAGUAAACAAAAUUUAUUCUCAGGGUCAUCCAUACGCUUUAUUGACCAGUACUUGAUAAUCUUUUCUGUAUAUAAUGAAUACAUUUUUAUACACUAACAUGAGCAUUAACAGGUGAUAGUUGCCAUGGGUAUAAUGGAGUUACGGCUGGACUUUCUUUUGAAAGAAAACUUGAUAUAUUUCUCUGUGAUUUUUUUUUUUCAGAUAAGUCAUUCAGUUCAUUGUGGAAUUCAGGUACAUUAAGCUUUAGUGAACAGUGCAUUCAGUAAUUCCGAUGUGAUUAUGUGACGUGGUACAAAUAUUGUAGGUGUCACAGACAAAAGCACUUGUCUUGUAUGCACAGGGAAGAGAUUAGACCUGUGAAAUUAUAUUUGAGAAAAUUCAUGUCUGUAAGUGACCUAUUAGUUCAGUAUUUAUUCUUUCCUGCCAGCUCUGUCCACUUCCCCUUACCGUCAGCUACAAAUUGAAAAAUGCUUGACUAGGCACUUGUGUGACUGUAUAUCUGCCCACAGAAAGAGAGAGACAGUGAAGAAUCCUCUGACAUAAGUCUGUCCUGCAAAGGACCACACAAGGGCGAAGGAGGAUUUCUUGAGAUGUCUUUUCAUAGCGCCUAAGUGCAGAGUGACAGGUUGGCUUCCUUGAGUCUUCAUUUUUUGUUUUAACUUCAGGCAAAAUCUUUAACCACUUGGGCCUCUGUUUCCUUCAUAGCAGGGGAGUCCUACCACUUACCUCCCUCACAGAGUUGUGAGGACUGCGUCCUGAUUGGAAGUGGACUGUUCCGACCGAACCCUGUGUGAACUUCCAAGAGCCUUUCUACUGAACCUAGCGAUGGGGGCCAUGGCGGUGUUUCUGCCACAACUGUUCUUCACAGUGUUGGUGCUAAUGAUGCCAGGGUGCAGGGUUCGACUCACACAUAGGCCAGUUGACUCCACAGAAAAAUCGAUUUCUUUACCUCUAACCAGUCACCAGGUUUUCCUGCAGUUGUGAUGGGUUCUGCUGAGCCAUCCACACUCUCACCAGCUUCCUCUAAAUUCAUUAAACACACAGUUCAAAGUACA